AUGUUUUCCCGGCUAUGGGGCUUCGUGCAGAGCAUCACAUCCAAAAGGCCUUCCUCGGAAGAGGCGCCGCCGGCAAAGCGGGCACGUGUGCAGACAAGCGUCGAUAGCAAUGCGCCUGAGUCUGAGAAUGCGCGGCCUGCAACGGCUCUCGCUUCGCAGGCCAGCGGGCCGGCGGUGGAGUACAAACUCGUACUCCUCGGAGAUGCGGGAGUCGGCAAGACAUGCUUCGUGAAACGGCACGUCACCGGGGAAUUUGUGAAGAAGUACCGGCCCACAGAGGGCUGCGAGAUGAAGAAGCUGAAGAUCUCGACCAGCAGAGGUCCUGUUCUCUUCCAGGUGUGGGACACGGCUGGCCAGGAUCACCUUGCCGGGCUCCGGGAUGGAUACUUCAUCGGUGCGCAGUGUGCUAUGGUGUUCUUCGAUGUGACGAAGCGGGAGAGCCACCAGAACCUGGCGAAGUGGGUAACAGACUUGAGGAAGGUGGCUGGUGAGAUUCCUGUGGUUGUCGUUGGGAACAAAGUUGAUGCCCCGGGCAGAGUGGUCAAGGCGCAAGAGGGUUCUGUCAUCAUGCGCAAGCUGAAGGUUCAGUACUACGACCUCAGUGUGCGAACGCGCUUCAACACGGAGGUGCCUUUGCUUUUCCUGUCCCGGCGACUGCUGGGAGACAGCAGUCUUAGGCUUACGCCGGAGGCGGGCAGUCGACCGCCAGAGCCGAUACUCCCCUCGGCUGCUGAGCAAAGGCGAGCAGCGAGGGAGCUGGCAGAUGCGUUGAAUGUUGCGAUCAACGACAGCGACGAUGUUCCCAGCACCGCCAGCGAGUCCCAGCAGCCCCAGUCGCGCGAGCCCUCAGAAGCUGCCAAAGGCGCUUGGCUGCGGGCGAGAAUGGAAGUUCUAUGCCGUUGUGAUGCCAUCGCUGGCAGGCGCAGCCCGACGGGGCAGCUAGCCGCCGUCGCCCUCGAGGCCCCGACGCGAACAGCCAACGCCACUACAGAACUCGGCCGGCAGAGACAGCUCGUGGCAGAGGUGGAGGUUCUCAGUGUGGCGCGGCACCCCAAGGAGCAGGAGCUGCAGCUCCUCCAGGUCUCGGAUCCGGACUUUCCUUCGUCGCCUCCCCUGCCGGUUGUGGCCGAGGCCGGGAAGUGGAAGGCUGGUGACCGUGCCCUCUUGGUGCAGGUGGGCAGCCGCGUCCCUCGAGGCCUCGCCAAGUUCGAGGGAGCUUUCCGUGCCCUCGCCGGCCAAGCCUUGGCGCAGACACAAGGAGCCAUGGAGGGCCCCCUGAGUUUCAAAGGCGAGGCCAGUGUGGGGUUCCUGAUCUCGAACGAUACCGAGCGUGUGGACGAGGUGGAACCUUUGCAGGCGUUGCAGUCAAGGGUGGCCUUGGAGCUGGCUUUCUGCGGCGACGACUUUCGUGGCUCCCUGGGCAGCGAUGCCUCUGUGGAGGCUGCGGUCCGCGCUGCGCUGCUGCAGGUCGGCGUCGUACCACCCUUGCAGAAGCCGCCUUUCCAACGCUUAAGCCGCACGGAUGCCGGCGUCCACGCGCGCAGUUUCCGGCUUGUGGUGCCACUCCUGAGAGUGCAGGCCUCGGACCUCCAAGCAGAUGGCCGCUGUCCGGGGCUCCAGGCCGCGCUGAACAGACGCCUUCCCAACAGUCUGCGGAUCCUAGAGGUUGCGAGAGUUCCGUACAUGGCUGACAUCCCAUCUGCGUGUGUCGCUCGGGAGUACCGCUACUACCUUCCACGGUCGCUCAUGGGUCCCGGAGCAGGAGAUGUGGAUCCUGCGGUCGAGCGUCGUCUGGCCUUGGCGCUGCAGUGCUGUCAGGGCAGGUGGCCGUUCCUGAACUUUACAAAGCCAGAGCUCUACCGUGCCCUCGAGGAAAACUUGCGCAGCACGCCCGAGACAGAGCGUUGGCUUCGGGAGCUGUACGGCCACCGGCGGCGACGCCGGGAGCGAGGCUAUCCCCCAGACAACCGUGUCGCAGACUUGCCGGCGCUGCUGCCGGUUCCGGAGGAGGGCCGGGACUUGACGGUCCGGGAAGUACGCGUCUGCGAACUUCUCCCAGAGCCGGUGACUGCCACCGACUCUACGCAGGAGUUGCUGUGUGUGCGCCUAGUGGGCGAGGGAUUCCUGAACAGUAUGGUCCGACUCAUCGUAGGCUCUUGCUGCGCUGUGGCACGGGGAGUGCUACCGAUCACAGAGCUGAAGGCGGCCUUGGCGGCCGAGCAGGUCGUUGAUCUAUCCGAGUUCGUGGCGCCGGCUGCUGGGCUGGUGCUGUACCAGCAGCAUUUCGAUGAGGAGAAGAUACCUUGGCUGCCGCUGGACCGCAGUGCCGAGGAGGGCGAGGCCUUCUUCCGCGAUGCGAUUCUCUCGCGGGUAGAAAGGGCCUGGGGGAAGACUCGCAGUCUGGGGCCCUGGUACCAGCCGAGCCCUGAGGCUGUGGUGGUCGGCACCCCGGUGAACGGUGCCGAGCACAUCUGCUUCGAACGAGAUGUCGAGCAUGUGAGGCCGGGAAACUGGAUUCACACGGGCCAGGGCCGGGGCGCCUACGAGAAAAUAGAGGACAUGCAGUUCGUCGGCCAGGGAAGAGGGAGCUGGGACCGUGAACGGCUUCCUGUUUACGGCUGGCGCUGCAACAUCUGCUGCCUCUGCUUCUGCGGCUUGCUGCUUCUUGCGGUCAUUGUGUCGCUCCUGAUGGGAAUCUUCUGGAGGCAGUGGACCUUUGCCGCUGACCACCGUCCACACUCUGAUGCCCUGCAGAUUCAGUUCGAUUGCGCGCUGGACUACUUCCACUGGGAGACUGUCUGGACUGAUGAGAAGAAAGCCUUCUGCUGCUCACAGCUGGGAAAAGGUUGCGCCGUCACCACGCAAGCGCCUGCGUUCGACUGCGAUGCAGCCUACGACAACUGGCAUGCUGCCUGGUCCAAGGCCAAGAAGGUCCAUUGCUGCGCAACGGAGCAGAAGGGUUGCACAGGCGACGACUGCUAUGACGGCGACCAGGACACCUGGACCGAUCCGAAGCGAACCUGGUGUUGCGAGAAGCAUGCCCUGGGCUGCCCGAAGGACGACUACGACUGUCGUGCUGGGGUCACGAACUGGCGGCACGGUUGGAGCGAGUCCAAGAAGUACUUCUGCUGCAAGAAGUACGAUGUCGCCUGCCCGGACUCAGUGGUUUACGACUGCAGCUCGGGGAUUCCGAUCCACUGGCCCUCAGCGAAGCAGGAGGCGCCGGAGGUCGUGAGCAGCUACACAGACAAAGCCGAUUCGCCUGCACCUUUGGCGGAGCUGAGCGAGUUGCGGACGGCGGUCACGCAGGAUCCAUCGGCCUCGAGGGUUCCCAGCAAGUGGAGCCGAUUGCAGCACAUGCGACACCUUGAGGUGGAUGCGGAAAUUUUGCGUGGCAUCCCGCUCCAGGUAUCCCUGCGUGCCCUUGGCGAGCUUUGGCGGCGCUCUCCCGUGGACCUGCCGGAAGAGGCCCGGCGAGGGCUCUACGACCUGGCCGCGCCUGUGGAGGGCUUCGAUGUCUUCCUGUCCCACACCUGGAUGAGUCCCGGGAGGUACAAAGUUCUCAACCUGCUCUUCCAAGCAGGUUGGAAGCAGGUGCUUCUGAGCCAAAGCCUCUUCGUGAUGGCUGGAAUGGUGCUCAGUCUUCUGCGCUGGCUUCCACUGCCUUUUGUCCUUCCACCCGAGUUUGAAGAGUAUUCGCAUCUCGAAAGCCCAUUCUUCCCUUGGUGCCUCGUCAUGGCUUUCGUGGGAAGCUCAUUGGGGCUCAUGCUGACGCCCUAUUUUCCGGCUCUCUGCGGCUGGCAUCCUGUUUGCUUCCUGGAUGUGGUCAGCAUCCACCAAGUGGACAAGGAGUUGAUGGAGCGAGGUAUUUAUGGCUUAGGAGGAUUUUUGCGAGUCUCAAGAGAGCUCCGCGUCCUCUGGUCCGCCCCCUACCUCUCGAGGCUGUGGUGCGUGUUCGAAUUGGCAGCCUACCGGAUGGCAAAUCCGAGUGGGCGCAUCGUUGUAUCCCCGAUCUUUGUGGAAGUGGGUGCCCUCGUAACAAUUCUCUUCACAUACUUCGUGGCUAUCCUCUUUUCACUGGUCUUUGUGCUCAGUUGGCAAGAAGUCGGGCGAGUCAUGACCUACGUCAUUGCGCUUGUUCCCCUCAUCCUGCUGUUGCACCUCAUGCGUCGGAACCUCAUGUCGAAGCACAGGCUCAUGUCAGACCUGCGCUUGUUCGACCUCGAGAAGGCCUAUUGUCGCACGGACUUUGACCGAGAAUUUAUCCACAGGGCCAUUAUUGAGUGGUAUGGGAGCAAGGAGGCCUUUACACAAUACGUGCGCGGGCCACUGCGCGAAGAGUUGCUUCGCAGCACUAAGUCCGCUUUCCCCUUACGAUAUCUCUUCAUGGUGACGGCUGUCACCUUCAGUGCUUCGCUGGACAGCUUAGUGGCCUUGUGGCUUGGCGGCAUGACAUGGGAGGUGGUUUUGUCCGAGUUUGUGGGAAACAGCAUCGGCUUUCAUCUGGGCUAUUUUCUUGGGCUCUUGAACUUCGUGGUGUAUCUUUGUGACCGGUUCGCGGCUCCAAAAUGCAGUGGCGUACUGCUGGACUAUCUGCAAUCAGUCGUGAUGUUCCUAGUUUUCUUCGGCCUAUAUUAUCUUGGACAAGUUGUGAAUCGCCGAGCAUACACGACCAGCCUAUGGUCGGCGGUGAUUUGGGCAAGCGCUGCAUUGCUCUGGGCUGGCCUUUCUCUUCGCCUCUUUCAGAAUCGCGGGUGUUGUAAAGCUGACAAAACUCCCAGAAGCUAA